AUGGCGCCAACAGCCACCGCUACCACCACCACUGCGAUACAUAAUCAUAAUAUCGGCAGCGCGAGGCCACCUUUCGCACGCUCCUUGCGCAAGCCUGCGGGUUCAGCAUCCACGCCCGACCUCAACGCCCUCUACGUUGCUCAGUCGAGACUCGUACCCCCCGGCCUAGCUUUGUCGCGCAAGACUUCCCUCGCGGCUCUCACUCCUAGCUCGCUCGCCAGCAUCCCCGAUGUCAGUGAGAGCUACGCCCUCGACUCUGUUUUAAGCGACGCAACGCGCAGCAUGGUCCCUCAGAGCCCGGGACGGCUCUCGGCCGAAGACCUCGCCGUCGGCGACACGGUCGACGUGCCUGGCGGUAUGCACGGCGUUGUGCGCUUUAUUGGCAGUGUCCAAGGGAAAAAGGGAACCUUUGCUGGGGUAGAGCUGCACUCUGAUUUUGCGGCCAGGGGCAAGAACAGCGGCGAUGUGGAUGGGAUUUCGUACUUCGCGACAAUCGCGCCCGGUGCCGGCAUCUUCGUCCCCCUCACCAAAACGGCCCGACGCGGCGCACCCACGACCUCAUAUCCGGCAACACCGAGCGCGAACGGUCUGAGGAAUGGAACUCCGGCGACGUCCUUUACGCCUCCGACUCCCAGCCUGCCAAAAUUCAGCGCUUCCGUCGGCCCUGGCGUCAGGGCUGCCAGCCCGCAACUCAAGAAGCCGCGCACGUCACUGCCUCGCCCUGACUCUCCUGCUCGACGGAUGCAGAUGACACCAGGACCCCGGCCAUCAAUAGGGACACCUGCCAGGGUGCCCUCAAGGUAUGGGAGCCCGACGAACAAGUUUGCUCAAAGCGUUCGCGGCACAGCCGGAGAUCCUAGCAAAAGGCUGCCAGCCCUCGAAGUCAAGCCCAACAUUGGCCCUCGCAGCGCGUCUGCCCUGGGCUCUGUUCACGGGCUUGACGACGAUGCGACACCGACUGGCCUACAGCGAACGAAGACCAACGGUAGCUCCGGCUCAAUCUCCUCAUUCAACCUGAAGUUGCAACGCCCAGCGUCGCGCGCCGCUGCGGCGCAGGAGGAGGAAAUAGACCGCUUGCGUUCGCAGCUCGAGGAUCGUGACCGACAGCUCAGGGACCAGUCAUCCACCUUGGCUGAGAUGGAGAGCAGCUUGACUGAACUGCAAGGGCUCAUUGAGAACCCAGAAGGACCCAGGCCACGGCGUAACAGCAUCGACGACAAGGACUCGGCGCAGCUUCGGCACAUGCUACGCGAGAAGAACGAAAAGAUCGCGAUCCUCACCGCAGAAUUUGACGCCCAUCGCGCCGACUUUCGAAGCACUAUUGACACACUCGAAAUGGCUAGCACCGAGACAGAAAGGGUGUACGAGAAACGGAUAGAGGAACUCAUGGCUGAACUCCACGAGCUGGAAUCUAGGAAUCUGGACGUUGACUCGGUGGCGAGUCAGCUGAAACAGUUGGAGGAGCUCGUGCAGGAGCUCGAAGAGGGCUUGGAGGACGCCCGUCGCGGCGAAGCCGAGGCACGCGGAGAGGCCGAGUUCCUGCGAGGAGAAGUGGAGAGAACUCGGACUGAGCUGCGACGUGAACGCGACAAGGGUGGGCUCGGUGGUAGCACGAACGGGGAUGCUGCUGCCAUCUCGAAGGAGCUGGAGCAGAAGGAAGAUGAGAUCCGUGGUCUCAAGGCUAUCAUUCACUCUCUCAGCCGAGACUCCAUCCCGGGCGGCGAUGGACCAGCCCGGCCCACCUCCCACGACUCAGCCGAUCACAACAUUACCCGGGAUAAUCUGGAGCGCCAAAUCACGGAGUUGCAAGCGCUCCUGGAGCAGAAGGCUAUCAAGGAAGAAGAGCUGGAGCAGGAGCUCGACGUGCUACGUGGCGGCGCUGGCGGCCUAGCGAAUCCCAUGUCUAAUCAGCGCUCGUCGCUGAGAGACUCGCGGGACACGGUGAUUCCAGUCCGAACCCACGAGCCGCGAUCACCCCAAGCCACGCACAAGAGAGGCAGCACGCUGGACACGAUGCAUGAGAGCGACACCUACUCGACCGCCACGGAGACUAGCACUCUCUGGUGCGAGAUCUGUGAGACGAGUGGCCAUGACAUCCUCACUUGCACCAACAUGUUCGACCCCGAGGCUGUUAAGACCGCGAGCGAGUUCAAGACCAGCAACGGCAUCGUGGGGGAUGGGCUGAAGCCUCAAGCUCCUCUUGGUGCUGACGAUGCGCUCCCGGCGCCCCUCUCCCCUGCCAAGUCCAAGGCGCCUAGUCUGGCGGCAGCAACUCCGCCGGUCAAAAUCUUGCCUAACCCUAUGGAGUCGGGGCCAGUAGCUGGGAAAGAGAGUGGCGUGAUGGACCCUGAGAAGUGGUGCGCGGUGUGCGAGCGAGACGGCCAUGACAGCGUUGACUGUCCAUUUGAGGACGCUUUCUAG